ACUUCACACUUAACUUUACUAUAAACAACACACUAUACUUACGGACCCUACGAUCCUGAUGAAGGGCAUGUGCCCGAAAGCUUGAUGAAGACAGCUAAUAUUCCCUGCUCAUCGAUUUGGACUAAAUCCAGGUCAGCCAUUUUUAUGACCUUCCCGUCCACUGAUCUAAUUCGUUGAAAAACUCAGUAAUCUGUAUAUGAGGACUGUGCUAUACACGAAGAACAUGCACUUGUGAGAUGUAACAGAGAGAAAGCAUUCGACCGUGCGAGACUCAUUAUACAGUUUUCAUCGGCUUUACAUGCAUCCAGACCCACUUUAUGGAUAAUUCUGAAUACAGUUCUCGUAAUAUACUCAUUUCACAUGCAUCGUGAUCGUUUUCCUACACUAAGUUGAACGAGGGAAGUGAGCAAUACCAGACGCCUUUGCGAAUAAGCUGUUGUCUCCAGUUUAACCAUGACGUCGUCUGCGAUAUCUCGCCUUAUUUUCACCGUGUUUGUCAUCACUAUCACGGAUAGAGCAGUUGCAAUAAGAAAUGGUGAUUUACGGCUCGUCAGCGCCAACACAACCAAAGGCUGGGUUGAGAUCUAUUACAACUCUGAGUGGUACACGAUAUCCGGUCAGUUCAUCAUCUAUGAUAUAUCUAAGGUGGUGUGCAGGCAGCUUGGUUUGCCCUUCACCGAAGCAGUAACAGUGGACGAUCCUUAUGUGAAGAGACCCCUUGAUAAAGUUGGGGUGCUGUCUACCACUUUAUUCUGUGAUGGGGACGAAGCCAGGCUUGAAGACUGUCGUAAUUUCGAUUGGAGCUUUCCUCAAUUCUACACGCAUGAUUAUGAUGUUGCAGUCCAUUGCGCAGGGGAAAAUAUACAUACUGGCGAUCUGCGAUUAGUUGGUGGUGUCGACGACCGUAGUGGGCGCCUCGAAAUCUUCAUGGGAAAAGCCUGGGAAUCAUUCUGCAGUAUAGGAUUUGGUGUAACUGAAGCGACGGUGGCAUGUCGUCAGCUUGGCCUUCUAAAUACUUCUGAUGUAGACGUUUUCCCUGAUGCGUACUUUGGUAUGGGAAAUAUAGGCGAUGGACCUUAUAUUGCUCGCUGUACUGGUGACGAAAAGAGGAUUGAUUCAUGUUCUUCUUUUUAUCGGUCCUUCGAUGCCGUGAAUUAUGAUGAACUUUUUUGUUCCCACUCUCAGGACGUCGGGAUCUGUUGUCCAUCGGAUAUAGGUGGAUGUGCCGCAACUUACAGUACUAGUGGAACUUCUACUGUUGGCAGCAUCGUUGGUUCUAUUGUAGUGGUCGUUGUUGUACUUCUUAUUAUCGGCUGUUGCUGCUACUGCUGUUGCAAAAAGAAGAAAGGAAAGCAACAGUAUACAACAGUGGUUCAAAAUCAAGCCCCUCAGCCAGCUAGCGGAGGUCAGCAAGCUCCAGCACCAACAACAGGAAGUACAGCACCACCAGUUUACUACCAUGGACCCACACCAGGCUAUCCUGCUGUGAAUAUUGGCCAACCUAAUACACAAUCCUAUCCUAUUCAGUACCCUCCUACUGGUCAGGCCAUGCCUCCACCUGCGCCCGUUGCUGGCAAUAACCCAUACCCUCCGCAGACCAAUCCAUACCCCACUGGGCAAGUACCGCCACCUGCAGCAGCUGGUAGUAUCCCAUACCCUUCACAACCCUACCCUUACCCCUCUGGACAGGCGCCUCCACCCGCAGGUACAUAUCCUGCACCACCACCUCAACAACCAGGUUACAAUCCCACCGCUGCCACCGGUACAUAUCCAGCUGCACCUUAUCCUCCACAGGCUGCACCCGCACCAGGACCAGCUUAUGGUGCUUCAUCUGCAGAACAGUCAUAUCCGACCAAAGGAGAUGUAGAUCAUCCUUUACCUUCUCAUGCAGCAAGUGGAACACCGAGCGCACCUCCAAUGGAUAUGGGCAGUGGGCAAGGGGAAAUUCCGAGUGCGCCCCCACCAGCUUACGAACAUCUUAUUGGAUGAUGCUGAUGAUUAGGGCUAUCUAUGUAAAGGGAGGAUUAAAGAAACACAUUUGUUUUAUCCAUGUCUUUGUUAAACCUAAUCCCUUAUCAUCACACUAUUGAAUUAAGGACCUGCCAUUACUCUUAUAAAGGUUAUAUUUUUUUUUUCAAGUCAGUAAAGCUGACAAAAAGGGGACUCAUUUACUGCUUAUGGUAUACCAUACUUUCAAAUUCUGCCAUUUUUAUUAAUAAAUAAAUAAAUGUUUGAUUUCGUAUAUUUAUGUAUUUUUUUACAUCACUCCCCUUUGACAACUUUUAUGAUGUUCCUAGGAGGAAUAAAAUGAAGUUUAUAUAAUUUGGAAUAUAAAGGAAAUUGCUAGUCCCAAACUUACUUUUAAUGAUGGGAUCCCUCUUUUACUCAAAUAACUUGAGUGAGUAAAUAAAGGUGUACAUCUGAGCACUGCCCAGAUAAAGCCAACAUUAUUUUUUACACGUUUAUUAAAGUAUUAUAUCCCAGAUAAUUUCAAAUCAUUUUUAUGUGGUAAAACUGUGUUAACAGUUAAUAGAACAGGAUACAUUUAAAGAGAAUACAAGCACUGACUUGCCCCAAAUCGCUACUUGAAACUGCCUUUCAUUCGCAAUAAAAGAGAAAUUAUUAAAUCGAUCUCCUUUGUCUUGAAUUAAAAAGGCAUAUGACAAAGAAAAGUGUCUUUCUUUUACAAUUAAAUGAUUGCCUGUUAAAACCAAGUAAUCAUUUUGUAGGAAAUAAUCAGAAAUAAAGAGAAUGAGACUACAGUGUAAAAUAAUCAAGUCAUUGGGUGGAUAAAAUCAUUUGGAUGCUAGUUUAACAAAGUUUAUUGUAACUUUCAAAAUGCAUUACUCUGGCUUAAAUUGAUUUCUUCUGUUUCCCAAAGCGUGUAGAAAUAUCAUACAGAAUCAUACUUAAAAAUUACAUAUUGUUCAUAAAUUAUGACUAAAAGUAAACUAGUCAUCAUUUAUUACACGAGGAUGCAUGUAGAGAACAAAAUGAUACGAUAAUAUUUUUAAAAUAUUAUUCUCAACAGUUUUUAUUUAGUGUGUUUAAAGUAUUAGGUCAUUUAAAUUGUUUUUCAUCAAAUGAAGUUUUUUAAUGAUUUCAUUCAUGUUCAUUUUUGUACAUUUGUCUGCAUUGAGUUCCUGUAUGUAUAUCAUAUUGAUUUAUUUAUCAUAAAUUAUAAUGGCUCUCAUCAUGUCUUUGGAGUUGUUUGUAAAAGUAGAAGUAAUUAAUUCUAGAAACAAUCGAUUGAAAUGUGAGUUUUGAUCCCAACAACUGUUUGUUAUCGAUUUUUUUACAUUGAAUGAUUGAUUGGGUACUAGAUCUAUUCAAUUGUAUAUAAAAUAUUAAAUACGUCUAAAUCAUUGUUACAUGUGAUUUUUACAUACAUUUGAUAUAAUCAGUCAAUGUUAUAUACAUAUAUAUGAAUGUAUUGCUGUAAGUUUCAAGCGCUUGAUAAAGGCAUCAAAGGAUGUGAGUUGGUCUUGAUCAAGCAUGUAUGUAUGUUUACUAUAACUUCAUGUUUUUUCUUCUAUUGUGUGAUAAGGGUAACUUUAUAAUGAUGUUCAGAUCUUUCACGUGAUAACGUGGCCACUAAACUAUUCUACUAUCUAGUAUUUUGCCUUACUUAAAUGAAGAUAACUCAUUGGCUGAAUAGACCAUUUCCUAGUUACUUUAUGGGCAAUUUUUGUCAAAUUACCUUUCAUCUCUUUCAUUAUGAUAGGCAGACUUUAAAGCAAGAUAUUACAUAAGCAUGCCUUACAUAGCAGGAUGAAGAAAUUGAAUAGAUCAGAUGACUAGAAUAGCACACUAAUGAACACAUAAAUGAAGGUAUUUGUUACAUUUCUACUUUAGCAUGUUGUUAUAACUAUGUAUUUGGUCAACUGAAAUACCAGUCGCUAGUAGUCCAGGAUAGAAGAGGCAUAACCUUGUUUUUUCAUAUAUACAAUAUUUUUUAUGGUUUCUUGUCAAUUCGAGGGAACUUAUUACGAAUCUGAAUGAUGCCAUCUUAAAUUCACAGGAUUUGUUUUUCUGAAUGUCUAUUUCUCAAAUUCCUUUUUUCCUCUGGUGAACGUUUAAGUGUUCUGGCUAUCUAACAUUCAGCCCAAGUCCCUAAACCCAGUCGCACAUUUUCACUAGUCGAUGAACACAGUUUGGAGGAAUUUUCUUCUGACCAUCUCUUGUAAUGUUGGAAUUGCUAAAUCCAUUCAGAUUGAAAUAAUAUUGUUACGAAAGUAUUUUGUCAAUUUUGUAAACAAGAAUCGUAUAUUAAUACAAUAUUUGAGGGAACACACCUCGAAAUAAACAGUAAGAAAUUAUAAUAUUCACUCAAAAUGUCAUUUAAAAAAACACAUAAAUGUUUGUUGAUUUGAAAUGUAACAAUUUCGCUUGUAAUGUAUGCUCAUUAAUGAAUUGCUACAUGAGUCGAUUUUUUACAGGGAAGACUGCCAUUAAUUAUUUGAGGCAGAUCCUCAUUUAACAAACGGUGAAAACAAAUCGCACACUGAUAUGCUCCAAUUAACCUUUAUUUUUUUUUUCAUGACAAUUUAAUCUCAUGAAUAAAAUGCUUAAUUGUUCCCUUGGACAAGCUGCAUCGAAAUACCCAUUACAAUAUAAGUAAUGCUCUUUCUCUAUCUAAAACCCAGAAUAUUACAUAUUUUAUCGGUGCUAUUUGUUUUAAAGUUAUUUGUUUUUCAAAGUUGUAAAAAUAAAUGCAUGUAUCGAUCUGCGAUUGAAUGUUAUUUAUAAUGUCAAACAUGAA